CAAGAUGCUGAGAGACAAAAUCACUUUAAUUGAGCGUAUUAAUAACACAUUAUGAAACUGGCCCCCUUUAUCUCAAGUCCUAUUGGUAUAUUGAGAUCAAUAAAAUUGUGAGAAAGUAUAUCCCUAGAGCUGCUGUUACCGCAGCUGCAAUGAGUAUUGCAAUGGGUCGCAUAAGGAACAAAAAAAUUUGGCUCUACUUCGAUCGGAUAUCGGAUUAUGCGGCGCGCUGUAAGAACUGCAAACUAAAUUUGUCUUGCAAACAUACUUCAGCAAACUUGGUCCGUCAUUUGUAUUACAAGCACCAUGUUGACGCGAGCUACUACGGUGCAGAACGUACUGGGUUUCUAAAGCAAAAGCGCGGAAGAAUUAAUCAACGUUCUGAAGUUGGCCUACAAGUAGCAUCUGCGUAUCUACCGCCGGUACUAACUGCAACUGAUCCAUUCGAUCCACUUGCGGUAAUAAAACAAGAAGUUGUCCCAUUAAAACUUGUACGUUGCAAUGGAUCCGAUGAAGAUGCUGAAGACCAUGAAGAUGCGUGUUCGGUACAUGAAUAUCAUCAAGUGAACCCGCCGCUUUCUUCGUCAUCGCAACACUCUCCUUCCGUAGAGAUAAACGGAAACAUCGAUAUUAAUAACGCUAAACGCACAGAGGAAGGCAACGUACAGGAGGCAGUUAAUGUUCAAAUGUGUAUGGAAAACACUCACUUAAAAGAAAAACUUAUGGCCGAAACACGAUACUACAAUGAAAUGGCUGAAUUAGCACGAUCCAAACGAAUUAUGAUUGAACUGCAGAGUAAGAAGCUUAUGCUGGAAAUGGAAACAAUGCGCUCCAGCUGACUAGUGACUACCAGUCGAAUUCCUCAAUCGUUCUCGCAUUGUUGGUAAAAAUUUUAAAAAUUGUUUAACAUGAAUGUUGAAUCAAAUUUAACCUUUACAAUUAAUGAACGUUUAUUUAUUCUCUUAAUAACAGGCAUGAAAAAAACUACAAAAA